GUGUGCGUUUGGUUCGGUCCGGCGGAGUGCGCUGAGUUCAGAGCAGAUGUCUGCACCGAGAAGUCGUAGAGACUGAAUGGCUCAGCAUUGGACUAAUAACUUAUCACUCAUACGCAACUUUUCCGUUUUAACUGAGUCAGUGAAAUGAUUUCAUUACUGACAGCUGCUUUUUUCUGGAGUGUUGCUCCUCAAAAUUGAGGAAACCAGUUGCCGGGUGCUUACCUGUUCUGAUAAGGAUAACUUACAGUCAGACAACUGCUUGAGACACUACCAGACUGACUUCCCAUUAAACUCAUGCAGAAACUGGAUUAAAGAUUUAAUGUCGCAGGUUCUGAUGGAGAUUGUGAAAUGGGGGGUGCUGGUUCAUAUGUUGAGUCCAUCUGCUGUCUGCAGCCGUCCUGACUCCGCUCAGCCGGAGCUGUUGUUGCUGCCAGUCAGAGGAAAUGUGGCCUUUGCUCCGCCUGCUGAGAGGAGACGGAUGGGGGUGGAGGCACAACAGAUUUUUCAGAGUGGUGAGGAAGAGAAGGAUAUGGGAUCUCAUCAAGGUGCUGGUGUGGUGAGAAGCAAAGAGCAUCAAGGUGUGAACCAACUGUUUCCUUUGGAGACCCCUGGGAGAGCCCUCUGACUGGCUGAGUUGUACAUGACCAGGAAGCUCAGCAGAUGUAGCCGCAUGGUGCGUGAUGUAAACGCUCAGUAAACGUUCAACGGCCCAUGUUUCCUUUAUAAACUGGGCCAAAGGUUCAGCAUGACCGGAAGGUUCACUGGCAUCACCUGACCUGCACAUAAAGGCCAAGACCUGAUUCAUGCUUGAGGAAAACUGAGACAAAUGACCACAAGCCUCAUGGGAUUCGGAAGGCAUAAAGUUCGUGAAGCGUCGUGCGUUAGCGCAGUGGCUCCCCCCUCAGGCCGGUCUCAGUACUGCAGCAACACCCAGCAGCUUCUGCUUCAUGGCCACAAGUCCCAAUCUCCGUGAGAAGGUAAACUAACAAUCAGGAGGCAGUGAGGUGAUGCAAAAGACGUAUGACAUGGAGGUCAAAAGUCACCUGAUAACAGGCCCUGAGCUGCAGGACAGUAAGCAGCAUGCGGAGCGGAUGGUGGAGCUACAGGAGCGGAGGAGAAGUCUGCAGUCGCUGCUCAACACUCGAUUAGCAGAACUCAAACGUGUGUGUCUGCAGGAGGCGGAAAUGACAGGUGAAGUUCCUCAUGAAUAUCCUCUGGAAACCGGAGAGAAAGUCCCUCAUGUGCGGCGCAGGGCUGGUCUGCCCCGCAGCAGUUCCAAACAAAACACCAAAAAUGAGGACGAGGACGCCUCUCAGCGCAAGACAAAGAAAACUCUGUUCAGCGGCGCCCUCCGCAGGCACGUCGAUUCAGAGCAGCAUCCUUCACACAGCAAACGAACCGUUCACAGAGGAUGCCAUACAGAUAACGCGCUGAAGUCAGAGAGCAGCUCCACGUCAGAUUCCACCAAUCAGGACACCGAAGACGCCUCUGACGGCCCGUCACCCUCAUGUCCCCGGCUGGUCUCGGGGAGUCCAGACAACAGGUUUUCUCGAAAACUCUCCCCCGUGGAGAUCUAUUACGAGAUAAAAACUCGCCGCAACUCUGUGGCCAGCUCAGCCAGCCCGAGUCACACUCUUCCAAGAAGUGUGUCGAAUUUAGAAGGUAGAAGUGUACCAGCAACUCCACUCUUGUCCCGCAAUGGAAUAACAGGAGUGCACAUCAGGUCAGAAUCAUCUAGCGGCACUGCUGCCGUGAAGCAGUGGUCAGACAAUCCCGAGGCGUCCCAGCAGGUGCUUCUGCAGUCUCAGGAGGGGUCCUACGAGCAAGGGCACAGGCGAAGCAAUAGCUCCGAGACGUUACUCGACCGGCACGCCUCUGCUGCGGAGGAGGGAGGUCAAAGGUUAGGCAUGCACGUUCGAAACGGCCCAUACAAGAGCUCAGAAGCAAUCAUGGACGCAACUUUAAAACAGGCGCAGCGGAGCAGCCCCGAACGGCAGGUAAACGGACACACCGAACUGGCCCGCGUUCGCUCGGCCGUGGGAGGUCGAGGAACGAACGGAGGGGGCGGUUACAAUGAGAUCCUCAUAGAUUAUGUGUGGGGAAAACAGCAGAAGAUGCAAGCUCAGCAAAGACUGCAGGUCCAAAAUAGUGCCAAAACCCGGCCGUGGCCCGAAGGUCCCAAUGCUCCACCGCCUCCCUACAGGAACGGCUUCCCCCAAUCGCAGCAGCUCAUCCUGGGCCCUCCGGCCUACAGCCCGCUAAUGCUGAGAGGCAAACCCGGCGAGCCUCGGAGGGUCAAAGUGACACGCACCAAAUCCUGCGGUCCGUUCGUUCCCUCGCAGCAGCACCAGCAAGAGUCUAUCCUUCUCUCUGCCUACACUGAAACCAAUGGCACCGCCGUUAACAACCAGCACAUAGACCACCCCCACAGACCACCACACUACCCAACCGAGUCGUCCACCACACCCGCGACCCCCGACGACCCCACACGCAGCCUGCACAAGGCCUUGGCGCUGGAGGGCUUGAGAGACUGGUAUCUGCGCAACGCGCUGGGACAGGCGGCCAGUGGAGGGAAGAGCAAAGAGGGGACGCAGACUCAGCGCAGGCGUACCACGUCCUCUCUGCACACCUCGCAACCCCAUCCGCCCCUAAAACACCAGCCACAGUCCUUUCAAACGGACACAGCCUAUCCACAGAUGCCUCAGUCGGCCACGUUUCAUGGCCACCCUCUACACGGCAGGUCGAUGGAGCUUUCAUUGUACCAAGAUACACUUUCAUCUAAAAUGCAGGAGACGACACUUAAAGAGACAAGUAAUGACAGACCCACGCCAGGCACGCUAGUCUGACGUGUCUCACCCACACACACUCAUGCAAACACAAAGAGACUACAGCAAACACCAGCUUACCAGACUGAGAGAAUGCCAUAGUGGACUUUUAAAGAGACUUUUUGCUUCCUUUCAGCAGUUAGAAUGAAAUAAUUCUGACAGAAAUCAGCCUAUCAUCCUUGUAAUACAGUACAUACAUACUGUAUGGUAAGCUACCACUGACGCUUGUACUAAAGACCGUCUUCAGCAUGAGAUCAAGCUGUCUUCUCGUUUCACAUCAUUUCUGUGUUCCUGUAGACUUACAUAGUUUAGUAAAUGUCCCUUUUAAUCAGCAAACGGAUAGUCAGAGAGAGAAAAAAGACAAAAUAUCACCAUAUUUCUGUUCGUAAACAACAAUGUGAGUUAAUUCUAUCACACUAUUUCCAGCUUUGGUUUAGAUGUGCCAGUAUAAAACAAGUUUGUGUUGUUCAUGAGAAUCCUGUACUGGUCGCUGGUGAGACCUUCCAGAAGUAGUGCUGGACAUUUGAGGCCCUUUGAAAACAAAUCAGGAUCUUAAUGUUUUUAUGAAAAUAUUUCUAUGCAAAUUAAUUACAAUCAAGAAGACUGUGUUUUAGACUAAAUUAAUACAUUUUUAGUAGCAAUUUUAAAAUGUGCAGGAGAAAAAACAAACCAAAUCUUAAACUUUGAUGGACUGUUAAAGAGUCAGUGACUCUGUAUUUCAUGAAAUUUAUAAUUCUGUUAGUAUGUCUAUUACUAAUGUAAAAGAGUAUACAUGUUGUGCUCAUUCAGGAUGAUAAUGGGAUAGUUCACCCAAAAAAUCAAAAAUUGUCAUUUACUCUCUCUCAAGUUGUUCCAAACCUGUAUGAGUUUA